UUUUGGACUGCAGACAAGAUGGCCGCGAACUGUCAGCCGUAAUAAUUCUCACGCUCUUGUUAUUUUCUUAUAGUAUUCAUAUCACAUAUACAUAUAAGAAAUGGGGUUAUCACAGAGUUCAGAAGUAUCCGGAGGAGGGACGUAUGGAUACCAUGUGCACGGCGUGCAGCCAAAUUCCCCUGCAGAAAAGGCCGGACUGCAGCCUUUCUUUGACUUCAUUCUGUCUCUGGACAAUAAAAGACUUAACGAGGAAAACGACCUGCUGAAGGAGCUCCUGAAGGCCAACAUGGAGAGGGCAGUGAGGAUGGAGGUGUACAGCACUAAAAGCACAAGCGUUCGUGAGCUGGAGGUGGUGCCCAGUAACGUGUGGGGAGGACAGGGCCUGCUGGGUGCUAGUGUUCGCUUCUGCAGCUACCAAGGAGCCAGUGAGAAUGUCUGGCACGUCCUGGAUGUGGAGGCUAGUUCACCUGCUUCACUGGCUGGGCUUCAGCCACACAGUGACUACAUAGUUGGAGCAGAUCAGGUGUUGCAGGAUUCAGAAGACUUCUUCUCACUGAUCGAGGCCCAUGAAGGGAAGCCCCUGAAGCUGCUGGUGUACAACACACAAAACGAUGCCUGCAGAGAGGUGGUGGUCACACCAAAUGGAGCUUGGGGAGGAGAGGGCAGUUUGGGUUGUGGCAUUGGUUAUGGUUACCUGCACCGAAUCCCUGCAAAUCCUGAUGUAUCGACUGCAAAGCCUCCCACCCCUGUUCCUGAGGAGAAACCCUCUCCUACGCAGCCUACACAUGGAUUCACAGAGGCGCCUUUAAUGGCAGCUUCAAGCCAAAGUGAAGAUAUCUUAGACCUGGAGCAGGUCACCCUCCAGGAAGCUCCUCUACCUCCACCCAUCCAGAGAGUCAUGGACCCUGGUUUCUCAGACUCUGAAGUGGCAGUGAUGAACCCUGACGCUGCUGAUUUGGUGGACAGGCUGGAUCUGUCCAUGUCGUCCAUCGACAUGACAAACACUUCACUGGCUAUGCAUGAAGAGAAGGACAAUGAAAUCUCUGGCGUUGAGGAGCUGAAGGACAGUGUACUGCUCUCAUCAGCAGCAGAUGACCAGACUGAGUCACUAGAGCUGAGCUCCCAGGUGGCCAUGGACCUCACCUCUGAUCUCGCUUCCAAUGACAUUUUGUCUGAUUCAGGCAUCCCACCAGCUGAGCCGUCACACCUGGUCACAGAGUCCACAGACCUGCAGGGAUCUCUCAUUGAGUCUGGUGAUAGCCCAAGUCCACCUAUGGGUGCAUUGUCUCUCCCUGUAGACUCCCUUGACCCUCCUGCUGAGCCCUCUGUCUCUGUCCCUGCCGAAGACCCCCCCUGCCCAGCUCCUGUCGAUCUCCUCAAAUCCUCAGCUGUUGAUGAGUCGACGGCAGACGAUUCUCCUGCUCAGGCUGACGAAGAUGCAACAGGGUCAGUGGAGGAGUCUGCGGAGCCUGUAGACGUGACUCCUGCUCAGCAAUGCAGCCAUGACCACGAUGAGGAGGAACCAGAAGAGCCACAUCUUGAGUAAGCUUACAUCAGGCCAUACACAAAGUUCAAAAAUGCAAAGCGAAGUUGACAAUCACUUUUAGAGACACUAUAGAGGAAAUACCGGAUAGACCAAGGGAAAGCUGUCUGAUUUGAUACUGAUAGUCUUAUCAGCGUAUAUCAUCAGGUUAGUUACACUACAGGAACCAGCUACAGCAUUAACAUAAACAGUAAGUAGAAAAAUACUAUGAAACACUGUAGGAAUAUCCUAUUUGUUUUUUAUGUGAGAAUUUAAAGUUACAGCUAAAUUGUUAGCCAAAAAGGAUGUAAUGUUAUAAACCUUUAUACUUGUUUGAUCUGAAAUUAGAUUAUAUGGGUGACGGGGCUUUGCUUCUGGUACACUGAUGUGAUGAAUACUUGAAUACUUCCAAAGAUAAACACUUAGUAUAUGAAAAAAAAACACGACAUGCAUUUACUACAGUAAACAGCUGCACCGUAAUAUCAGUAACACUUUCAAGGUUUUUAACGCUAGCAGAUUGUUGGCAGUUUAGAUAAAUUGUAACAGUCUCACGGUGCAGUGUUACAUCUGUUGCUGAUGUGCUUUUAAGAAGCAUUAUCCACAUAAUGCCUCCCCAAACAGAGCUUUUAAAAAUAGCUAAAUUAUAAAAGGGACAUAUACAUUUUUUGGUUUGUAAAAUGUUUUUGCUUGUGGGAUGUGGGAAAUAUUUGUCCACUUGUAUUCCGUUUAACCAGCCAGUAUGUUUUUACACCAGUAUGUUUUAAAUGCUGUCUUUAUUUUAAUUUAAUCAAUCAAUCAGCCAUGAAGUCUGAUCAGUUUGAGAACCAUUUUACUACCUGUCAAACUGGAAUUAUGUCCCCAUGUUUUAUUUUACACUCUUUUCACCUUGUAUUCUAUGCAACAGUAGACAAGAACUGCCGUUGACUUUACAGGCAAUGCAUUAAUAAUGUAAAUCCAAUAGAUAAGCCUUUUGAUAUGUGUAAUAAGUCUGAUAACAUAUUAAUAGUGCUGUUGAGUAAUGGUUUUCUGUUUUUCUAGGGGGGGGGGGUACUUAGUGUUUUUCACUGUCAAUGUAGGUGCUAGUGUGUAAAAUAAGGAAAAAUAUUUUUGCAGAUAUUUUAUCAAUGAAUUGUAUGUUUUAUUAGGAAUGAGUGCAGAGUCUUUUGAUGAAUGUGAGAUUGGUGAAUC